UAUCAAUGUAAAACUUUCUCCCUCAUGGAGUUUGUGGAGUAUAUCAAAUCGCCGCGCAUUGAAAAGGUUUCUCUGAGGCGAAGAGGGCGUGCUUACUUGGAGGGUACAUUGUGCGUGACAGGUCAUCACUUGAUCUUUUCUUCUCGGACAGAGCACAGGGAUGAGCUGAUUCUUUUGCACUCAGCAGUGGAGCAUGUUGAGAAGAAAGCAAGAGGUCAACAUGGAACACUUACCAUCUGUUGUAAGAACUUUGACUUGGUGAAACUGAAGUUUAACAACAUUGAAGAGGCAUUGAAUGUGGCAUCAUCUAUUGAAGUACUUUCAACAAUCGAAAAUACAAAUUUGAGGUAUCCUUUCUUUUACCGACACCUAAGAGUUAUUGAAGAAGAUGGCUGGGAUCUGUUCAGUACAGAGAUGGAAUUCUCCAAACUCUGUGCUAUUACUCAGGGCUGGAGAAUAAGUCAUGUGAACAGUAAUUAUGAGUUGUGCCCUAGCUAUCCAGCCAGUGUUAUUGUACCAGUGAAAAUUUCUGAUGACACUCUGAAAGCAUCAGCUCAAUUCAGACAUGCUGGAAGGUUUCCAGUCCUAAGCUAUUAUCAUAAAAGAAAUGGAGUUGUACUAUUGCGAUGUGGCCAGCCAUUGACUGCUAUAGGAAGUAAAAGAAGUCGAGAAGACGAGAAAUUGAUAAAUGAUACUCUUGGAGGUGCCUCCAAGGGAUUCAUUAUCGACACCAGAUCACAAGCUGCGGCCAUGAACAGCAGGAGUAAAGGUGGAGGGGUAGAGCCAGAGUCUCAUUAUCCUCAGUGGAAAAGAGUUCAUCAGAAUAUUGAGAGAUUUCCAGCACUUAAUGAUAGCAUUGCAAAACUUGCUGAAGCCAGUUUAGAUCCAGAACUCAGCAUGAAUGCAUGGCUGUCUAAACUGGAGUCAAGUUCUUGGUUGGAUUAUGUUCAGAGUGUGUUAUCCACAGCUUGUUUUGUUGCUCAGUGCUUGGACACACAAGGAACAACUGUGUUAGUACACGGUGAUGCUGGAACAGAUGCCACAUUGCAAGUAACAUCACUGGCACAGGUUCUCUUGGAUCCUAUGUGCAGAACAACCAAAGGGUUUGAGGGGCUGAUUGAUAGAGAGUGGUUGCGUGGUGGCCAUCCAUUUGCUGAGCGCUGUGUGAAAGUGGGUGUGUCUCCAGUUAGAUACAAGGGACAGGGAGCAGUUUUUCUUCUCUUCCUUGACUGUGUUUGGCAGAUUUACCAGCAGUUCCCAUGCUCUUUUGAGUUCAAUGACCGUUUCCUUAUCACGCUGUUUGAGCAUGCGUACUACUCACAGUUCGGGACGUUCCUGUGCAACAACGAAGGAGAGAGGAAAACAGCGAAGUUAAAAUCUAAGACGAUUUCUUUAUGGUCAUAUCUUAACCAGCAAGAUAUUCUGAAGCCGCUGUUAAAUCCCAUGUAUGAACCUAACAACUCUGUUUUGUGGCCUUCUGUGGCAUCGCAAAGUCUGGUAUUGUGGCCGGGCUUAUUUCUCAAAUGGAGAGAAUCCAACAAGAAUGAAGAUAUCUUAUGGGAUGAAGUACGCAGGAUACAAGAGAUUAACACGGACUUAAAAAGCAAAGCUAUAUCACUAAGGAGAGAAUACGCGGAACUUCAAGCUAAAGUUCUGGAGGAAAGACGAAAAUGGCAAGAAGAGCAAGAAAAGAGAGAAAAACAAGGAUCGUGAAAAUAGGGAGCUAAAAAAUAGGUAGGAUUGCUAGUGGUACAGUACUGCAGACCCUCAUUUGGGACAGUGUAGAGUUAGUAUUGGGCUUUGUUACACUGGACUUUAUUAUGAAGAAAGUAGCUAGCACUGAGAUAGAGAAAUACGUAAAGAAAGAAUGUCCAGUUCCCUCAUGAGUCGCGACUGCUAGUGGUAUUCAACAAGUCCAGGACAUCCGUGUAGGCGUGUCUCAAAGAUUUAACUGGGCAUUGAUCGCCAGAUAUCAGAACUGUACCGUGAAUGCCCAGAUCACAAAGAAAGAAAUACAACCUUCGCUAGUCGGUGUUAUACCACGUUAAUGCACUUGUAAUUCGACAGCUUUGGCGGCAAGCUUUGUAACAAUUUGCACAUUUGAAACGAUUGUUAUGUAGUGGUAUGAAUUGCAGCAUAUACGUACAUCUAUAGUUGAAGUUGUAUUCGGUUUGCAAUAAAACGUAACAGAACUUGGAUAAUCCAAGUGGGAAAAUGAGUACACUUAAUUUAGAGAUAUAAAUGUAAAAAG